GUGCUCUGCUCGAGCUGAGCAAGAAGAGGGAACAAGUUCCCGAAUUGGCUUUGAUCUUGUGGCACUCGUUCGGCGUCAUGACUUCGCUCCUUCAAGAGAUCAUCUCCGUCUACCCCUUGCUGAACCCCUCGCAACUCACCGCUGCUGCUUCCAACCGUGUCUGCAACGCUUUGGCUCUGCUCCAGUGUGUGGCCUCGCACGGCGAGACUCGUGGCCUCUUCCUGGGCGCCCAUAUCCCACUCUUCCUCUAUCCCUUCCUCAAUACGACAUCCAAGUCGAGGCCUUUCGAGUACUUGCGCCUCACCUCUCUUGGUGUCAUUGGUGCUCUGGUCAAGAACGACAGUUCCGAGGUCAUCAACUUCCUCCUCACGACUGAGAUCAUUCCGCUCUGCUUGCGUAUCAUGGAGACGGGUAGUGAACUCAGCAAGACUGUCGCCAUCUUCAUCGUUCAGAAGAUCUUGCUCGACGAUCUUGGCCUGCAGUACAUCUGUCAGACUUACGAGCGAUUCUACGCUGUUGGAACUGUCCUUUCCAACAUGGUCAACCAGCUGGUCGAGCAACAGACAGUGCGCCUCCUUAAGCAUGUCGUGAGAUGUUUCCUCCGUGACAACGCCCGUGCUCGUGAAGCUCUCCGUCAAUGCCUGCCCGAACCUCUCCGCGAUGCUACCUUCUCCUCUGUGUUGCGUGACGAUGCCGCAACUAAGCGUUGUCUGGCACAACUGCUCCUGGCUCUCUCGGACCAGGUUGUUGAUCCCUCGCAGCAGAAUCAGCCUACUCUUCUUCCU